UAUAAUCUUCACCAACUCUCAAAUUGCUGAAAAUUAAAAAAUAAAAUAGAUUUAAAAAAGAAAGUCAAAGAUAUGUGAAAAUCACCACACUAAUUUUAUAUGAAUAUAUAUAGAUUAUAGAAUUCGAAAUUGUAAGAAUCUUCCAAACCCGAGUCCUGUUUUGACAAUUCGCUCCACUAUCUCCCAACCAAACGUCUUCUUCCAUACUUUCAUGUCCAAAACUUUGAGCCUAAAAUUAAAUCAUAAUAUAUAAAUCAUCACCUAAACCCCUUCAUUUCUAAACACACCUCUCUCUCUCUAGAAUGUCGAUGACUUAUAGCCUGCCGCUGUUCGCGGCGGCGCUGCUAACGUGCGCCUGGUGCGCCACCUCCGCCACUCGCUGCGCUGACUGUGGCACCACCGCCGUACCUUACCCACUCAGCACCGGACCCAACUGCGGAGACCAGUCAUACAAGAUCCGGUGCGAUGCGGGGUUACUGAAAUUCGACACACUCAACAACACCUACUCGAUCACGUCCAUCACCAACACGACCCAACGGUUCGUGAUCCAACCGGCGAGCUUCGUCAGCAACACCUGCGUCACAGCGGAUCUCCCCACCCAGGGCAUCCAGCUCAACAACACCCUCCCCUUUAACGUCACCAGCAGUAACACCAUCUUGUACCUGAACUGUUCGGACUCCCUCCUCCGAUCACCGUUGAAUUGUUCGUCGACCAGUCUCUGCCACACUUAUAUUAAUUCCACGGCGGAGGCCUCGCCGUGCGAGGCGGCUCCGAUCUGUUGUACGUUCCGGGCGGGUGGUUCUACGACGUCGUACUCGAUCCGCGUCCGAGACGGGGGUUGUCAGGGUUACCGGAGCUUCGUUAACUUGGACUCGUCGUUGCCGGUGAGUCGGUGGCCACAGCCCGGGGUCGAGAUACAGUGGGUGUCGCCGCCGGAACCAGUUUGUGGGUCCCAGUCGGAUUGCGAUUCCAACUCGAUAUGUGGGCCCGACCCGUCUGAGAAUGGGAUACGCAGAUGUUAUUGUGACUCGGGUUUCUACUGGGACCCGAUAGGAGGAUUGUGUGCUGAGAUUGUGACGUGUCAAAAUCCAGAUGGUUGUGACAAUUCAAAUCGGACCGCACUUAUAGCAGGUUUGACCACCAGCUUGGGUGCAGCACUCGUUAUGGCCAUAAUUGGCAUCUUAGUCUACAAACGCCAUCGGCGCAUCAAAGAAGCGCAAGAUCGUCUAACCAGAGAGCGUGAAGCGAUCCUAAAUGCAAAUGGUGGAGGCAAAUCUGCCAAAAUUUUCACUGGCAAAGAAAUUAAGAAAGCAACAAAUAACUUCUCCAACGACCGCCUCCUUGGUACUGGUGGCUAUGGUGAAGUCUUCAAGGGCAUCCUCCAAGAUGGCACAGUCGUUGCUGUCAAAUGUGCCAAACUUGGAAACACCAAGGGCACAGACCAAGUCCUCAAUGAGGUCCGAAUACUUUGUCAGGUCAACCAUCGGAACCUUGUGGGGCUCCUUGGCUGUUGUGUUGAGCUCGAACAGCCAUUGAUGGUUUACGAGUACAUUCCAAAUGGAACCCUCUUGGAACACCUACAGGGUGGCAAUAGGGGCAUGCUUACAUGGAAACACCGACUCAGCAUUGCCUAUGCAACCGCUGAGGGACUCGCUUACCUCCAUUUCUCUGCAGUUCCUCCUAUAUAUCACCGCGACGUGAAGUCCAGUAACAUUUUGCUUGAUGAGAAGAUGAAUGCAAAGGUUGCUGAUUUUGGGUUAUCUCGACUGGCUCAUACCGAUUUGAGUCACGUAUCGACAUGCGCUCAGGGGACUCUCGGUUAUCUUGAUCCUGAAUACUACAGGAACUAUCAGUUGACGGAUAAGAGUGAUGUUUAUAGCUUUGGAGUUGUGUUACUGGAGCUGUUGACAUCUCAGAAGGCAAUAGACUUUAACAGAGCAGCGGAUGAUGUGAACUUGGCAGUGUAUGUUCAGAGAAUGGUAGAGGAGGAGAGGAUAAUGGACGCGAUUGAUCCGAUGCUAAAGCAGGGAGCCAGCAGUUUGGAAUUGGAGACCAUGAAAGCAUUAGGGUUUCUGGCUGUGGGGUGCUUGGAGGAACGUAGACAGAAUAGGCCUUCCAUGAAAGAAGUUGCCGAGGAGAUCGAGUAUAUUAUCAGCAUAGCUACAGCUAAGGUGGUGGAGUAAAAUAGAUAUGGAGUUGCCUCUGGAAAAACAGAUCAGUGUUUAGCACUUUCAGCUUUUAAUCUAGUGUUAUAUAUAAUGUAUUCAGUAUCAGAACAUGCUGUAAUUUUGCCUUGAUGAUGUAUAUGAGAAUUUCUGCUGUUUGUAUUUAAAUAAAAUUUGUGUUAUUGAUAUG